AUGUCUGGCGAAAAGAAGCAUGAUGACCAGGAAGCUGGUAAUACACUAUCCUCAAACCUCCCCAGCCAAUUCGAUGGUCACAAGUCAUCCGGCAAAGGCAAGAUGAAAGCCGAGCAUCAAGAACAACAGUCAGGCGCAAGUCGCGGACACCAGCAAUCAUACUCGGCAGUGAAUAGCACCACAGCCAACGCAUCGACUUCUACUCAGGCUGCCCAGGCUGCUGACCUAGAGAAACUUGAACAAAGACGUCGACUAGAUGACAUCGUCAAAGAUCACAUUGAUGACUUUGGCAUUGUUUAUGACCGACCCGGCGCUGCGACUGGAGAUUCUCCCGAUGGCUCGUGGAUGAUGGCCGGCGGGCUCGUAACUGACCCCCUUCAGGUUCAGGGAUUGUGGGACGCUAAGAUGUCCACCUCAAGCCUCUCGUUGUUGGGAGAAGACUCCAACGGUAAUGGUGAACUUGAAGUCGCGAAUCAAGAAAUCUCUGGCCUAGAGGGGGCUUCAACUUUCCAGGACGAUGAUCGUGCCGCGCUACCUAAUGACAUACACAACACUAUAGAGACAUCGUCUUCCGACCCGUCCACCGCGGCUUCCUCGCCAACGCUUCAUACUAUGCAAGCCCGGCGACGCCAGUCUGGCAGUUCCGCUCAUCCUACUCAGAUCAGAGGUCCUUUGCCCCCUCGAUACUCUGAUCGAGUCAUGCCCACCGUUACUCCUGCAUUUGCGCCCACGACAUUCCGUCGCUAUUCUCAAAUGGACGGUCCGGCCCAGGAAGAGGCCGAUGAGGACGAAGACGACUAUUACGCAGGUCCUGUUAACGGAAAUCCUUUUAGAAUCCCGGCAUCAUACUCAACGGUCCAGCCGCGAUCGCAGGCUCAAUCGAGAGCUGGACCGUACUUCCACAGACCCUCGGUAUUUGCCCAACCUGGCCUCCGACCGGCUUCGUCUCCAAUUCCGCGGCCUAUUGAUGAUCUUGUUACUCUCGUUGGCGUCCCGGGAGUCGGCGUACCCGGCACUGAGAGUGUGAACAACCCAUCGUCUUCCCGCCGCUGCCAGGGACGAUGUAUCAACCGACGGCUUGGCCUCGCCCAGGCCCUCGCAAGGGAUCGUAUGGUCUUGGAGAAGGAGAAGGAAUUGUGGACUAUGAUGAUGGGGUUUUGAGACUUUUUGUUUGUGCGUUUAGGGAUGGUUUGUUCGUUGGUCACGAUAUUCGUUUUUUGCAGGGAGUUGGGCUUGCUGAAGGUGGAUUCUCGUUAUUUUAGGGAUGGCGGUUUUGUACACCACUUCUUUUUAAUAGCCAGAGUUUCUAUAGUGGCCAUCUUCGGACUCGUCGGCGUGAUGUUAGUGUAAUGUAGUACGAUGCCGUAGGUAGCCCUUGAUUAUUGGCUGGGUUUUCUAGAGUCUAGGUCUAGGUACUCCACGUCGAUUUCGAUUUCUUAUGUUGAUGGGUUAAUAAAAGUAUAUUGCCCAUUGAUAUAUCUAUCAUGCUUGCUUUCUGAGCUUGGCUCAUAUGAACCUAUGCUCCAUGAAUCGCAUUUGAAGCAAAACAGACCUCCUACUAACCCGCUCAGAAGAAAUAAUGGGAAAGACAGCCGAGGUUAAAUUCAGGGUAUCCAAGUCAUUAGUAUAGCCAAGCCUAAGUCUUCAACAACUUGCCAAACCGAAUAGCCUCCAUCUCAGCUCAUGACGGCAAUGCCUAACC